AUGCUGCUGCUGCUGCUUCUGCCCCUGCUGUGGGCAGGGUCCCUGGCUCAGUAUGACAGAUACCUACUGGAAGUGCAGGAAUCUGUGACUGUGGAGGAGGGCGUGUGCAUCUCUGUGCCCUGCACCUUCUCCUACACCCAGUACUACUGGACUGACUCUGCCCCAGCUCAUGGCUACUGGUUCUGGGGAGGAGCUGAUACAAACCAGGAUGCUCCAGUGGCAAACAACCCAGCUCAUAAAGUGCAGGAGGAGACCCAGUGCCAAUGCCAUCUGCUCGGGGACCCCUGAACCAAAAACUGCUGCCUGGAUAUCAGGGAUGGCAAGAGGAGUGACAAUGGAAAAUACUGUUUUGGGGUGGAGAGAAGAAGUCAAAAAUGGGAUUACAGAACUAAACAGCUCUGUGUGCACGUGACGACCCUGACCAACAGGCCUCACAUCCUCAGCCCAGGGACCCUGGAGUCUGGCCACCCCAGGAACCUGACCUGCUCUAUGUCCUGGGCCCAUAAGUGGGGCAUGCCCCCCAGUUUCUCCUGGACAUCAGCUGCGUUCACCUCCUUGGGUCCCAGGACCCACCUCUCCUCAGUGCUCACCCUCACCCCAUGGCCCCAGGACCAUGACACCAGCCUCACCUGUCAGGUGAAGUUCCCUGCAGAUGUGGUCCUGGAAAGAACCUUCCAGAUGAAUCUCACCUUCAACUCCCCUGAUUGCUCUAUGCCCAUGGAUCAUGGCAUCUGGGGCCCUCACUGGACAGUAAGUCUUUCUGGGGCUUUAUCAGAAGUGCCCAUCAAAUUGUUGGCAGAGGAACCAGGGAUGAGGGCAGGAGUGAUUCAGGGGAUCAUUGGGCGAGCUGGUGUCACUGCACUGCUCGCUCUCUGCCUCUGCUUCAUCUUCUUCAAAGUGAAGACCCACAGUAGGAAAGCAGUUAAGACAGCAGUGGACAUGGAUGACAUCCACCCUGCUGUUGGAUCAGCUUCCCUGGUGGAUGACAUGGGCAUCUUGGUUCACCAGCACGAGUCCGAGUCAGAGAGCUCUGCUGACCUCACAAGCUCUGCAGGCAUUGCCUCCACCUUGGAGAUGGAGCAGGAGCUUCAUUAUGCCUCCCUCAGCUUUAACAGGAUGAAUCCUCAAGAGGGCACCUACAGGACCCAGGGGAGAACCAGCCAGAGCAAAGAGGAGGUAGCCGAGUUCCAAUGGUGA